ACAAGUUUGGCUGCCGUAUACAAGGGUGACGGAUUUCCUGCUAACCAUAUACCAACAGUUAUUGAGAACUUCUUUGUGCCAAAACUGGUUGGAAAUCAAGAUGUUCAGCUGGCCAUCUGGGACACAGCAGGACAAGAACACUUUGACCAGAUUAGAAAGAUUGUGUAUCCAGGGACUCAUGUUGCUAUGGUUGUGUUCAGGUAUUUUAAAAAGAAAAAUUUAGUUCUGUUCCGAGACUAA